AUGGUGCUCAAUAUCAAAAGAGCUUCAUCACUUGAUGGAGCAACACACGACGUGCAUGAUGUGUUGAAACCUUUCGACCACCAGGUACACUGAGAGCUCAUAGAAAGAUUAUGUUCCAAAUUUCACUUCAGGUUGGAGGUCACACUCCCUUCACUGCUCUUCCUAAUGGACAUCUUCUCAAGCCGUGCGAUGAGCGGGAACUUUAUUUCUAUCAACAAAUGCCUAUUAUUCUGAAGAACAUCGCUCCUCUAUGCUGCUCCACGAUUCAGGGGAGUUCUGUGAACCAUCUUUCGGAUAACUGUGCGAAUUGCCGACUUCAUCAGUUGGAAAACGUUGUCAUACCGGAAAGUAUCGAAGGAUCGCCGAUACUAAACAAAAGAAAACUAUCGAAGUAAGUUGUUAAUUAUUAUUGACCAUCGAUUUCGAUAGUGUCCAGAAACUUCAUCGUGAUUUCGGACCUGACGUAUCGAAUGAAGUCACCUCGCGUUCUGGAUUUGAAAUUAGGCACACGUCAACACGGUGAUCAUGCUUCUAUGGCCAAGAUCGCCUGCAUGACUGCAAAGUGUCAAGCCACAACUUCUGCGACUCUCGGUAUCCGAUUGUGUGGAAUGAAGUACGAUUGUAUCGAGAUGGGUCGAAGAGUCUCUAUCAGUAAGUACGAGGGACGUGCCAUGGGAGAGACUGAGUUGCUCCAGUCUAUUCGCCUCUUCUUCGAAGUUCCGAGAACGAUACUCGACGAAGUUCGUAGGAAACUGAGAAAGAUUCGAGAGACGCUCUUAGUGGCAAACGGAGUCCGACUCUUCGGUGCUUCUCUUCUCAUUGUCAUCGAAGGAGAUUUCGACGGUAAUUGUAUACUUUCGGAUCAUUCUUAUUAACUUUUAUACUAUUCAGGAAGCCUUCCUAUUGAAGAUCUAGUCCGCAUAAAAGUCGUCGACUUCGCCAAUGCAACAUUCAACGGAUUCCUGGGCGACAACAUUUACGACGGCAUCGACGAAGGCUCCAUUCUGGGCCUCGAGACGAUCCAUCGUUUUGUAGGAAUGUGA